CAAGUGUUGGUCUUCUACUGUGACUGAAACGGGCUCCCUAGUCUUUUGAGAGUGAAGAUGAUGGCACAGUUCUGAGGAACAGAAAAACAUAGUUUCGGCUUUUUUGGAUGCUGAGGUCUUGAGACCAUCUUCUGUUUAAAGACUCACAGCAUGGCUAAGCGUGUGGCUGUGAUUGGAGCAGGCAGCUCUGGACUGACCUCCAUCAAAUGCUGCUUGGAUGAAGGGCUGGAGCCUGUGUGCUUUGAGAGCAGUGAUGAUGUUGGAGGACUCUGGAAGUUUAAGGAACAACCUGAAGCUGACCGUUGCUGCAUUUAUCGUUCAGUCAUAGUGAACACCUCUAAAGAGAUGAUGUGCUACAGUGAUUUCCCUAUGCCAGAUCAUUACCCCAACUUCAUACACAACUCUACAUUGAUGCAAUAUUUCAGACUCUACGCUGAGCAUUUCAACCUGCUCAAACACAUUCACUUUCAGACCACAGUACGCAGUGUGAGACAAAGGCCUGAUUUCUCUGACUCUGGUCAGUGGGAAGUGGUGACUGUGGACAGAGAUGGACGAGAGGAGACGCAUGUGUUUGACGGUGUGCUAGUGUGUGCAGGACUCUACACACAACCCAUCAUACCCCUCUCAGACUUCCCAGGUAUUAACACAUUCCCAGGGGCAAUAGUUCACAGUUGGGAAUAUAAGGACCCUGAUCCUUACCUUGGGAAGAGAGUUGUUGUCAUUGGGAUUGGGAAUUCUGGUGGAGACAUUGCAGUGGAGCUCAGCAGAGCAUGUGAGAAGACCUUCCUGAGUACCCGGAAAGGUGCUUGGGUCAUAGGUCGCGUGGUCGAUAGAGGGCUUCCUCUAGAUAUGACAAUGAUGACGCGAGCUCGAGAUCUGUUUUACGGCCUCCUGCCUCGAGCUCUGCUCAACUGGAUUUGGGAGAGAAGCCUCAAUCAGAGACAUGACCACAAGCUGUAUGGACUACAGUCUGCUCACAGGAUCCUCGACCAGCAUGUCAUUAUAAACGAUGACCUCCAGGGUCGCAUUCUGGUAGGAGAACUGGUGAUGAAAUCAAAUGUGCAGAAGUUUCAAGGCUCGACGGUGGUCUUUGAUGAUGGGACUGUAGAAGAGAAGAUCGAUGCAGUGAUCUUCUGCACAGGAUAUGAUUAUAAAUUCCCCUUCCUCCCCGCCUCCUUAAGCUCUGGUUCUGAUGGAGAUGUGAGACUCUACAGAAGAGUCUUCCCUCCAUCUCUUGAGCGUCCAACACUGGCCAUCAUGGGCCUGCUGCAGACCAAAGGGUCGAUCAUGCCAGCUGUAGAGCUACAGGCACGCUGGGCCACCAGGGUCAUUGCAGGACUAAACCAUCUUCCUCCAGCUGAGAAAAUGGAUAAAAUAAUUGAGAGACACAUAAAAGCUAAUUUAAAGAGUUACCCCUGUCCCAAGAUGGCUGCCCUUCAAGUGGACUACAUCCCUUACCUAGACACAAUAGCAAAGGAUGUGGGCAUCUGUCCCAACAUUGCUUGGCUGCUCCUGAGGGACCCUGCUGUUGGUUUGAGGGUUUUCUUCGGGCCCUGUACUUCCUACCAGUUUCGACUGAGUGGACCGGGGCACUGGAAAGGUGCCCGUCAGGCCAUCCUUACCCAAUGGGAUCGUGUGGCCAAACCCAUGAAGACACGGCCCAUUCCAGAACCUUCAUCCUUCAGUUUAUUUUUUUGGCUGGGCUUGUCAGGAGGGGCUGCAGUGAUUUUUGCUUUAAUGGCAAUGCAAAAGAAGAUCCCACUCUUUCUGAAUAUCGAUUAGAUCCCAUAGAUAUCCCACACUCAAUUUUUGGGUAGCUCUGUUUUAUAUUUGUACUUUAACCUAAUUGGUUCUUAAUCUAAUUAUUUGAGUUCAUUAUGUUUUAUAAUAUGCAUAAUAAGUUAUGUUUUAAAUCUUGCAUUCUUUUGAGGAAAUUAAAAAUAAACAUUACCUAACAAUGCAUACGUAACGUGACUUGUAUAAAAUAAUGUUAUACAUAACGUUAUUUAGUUAAAAUAGCAGAGCUGCUUGUUUGUUCCAAUCUGACUGAAAUCAGAUGCUUUAUGAUCUUUGGAAAUUUGAUCUAUUGUGGAAGUAUCAUUAGCAGAUAUAUCAUAGCAUUGACAUUCAUUAUAGUUGAUAUGUGAUGUUUUGUAAUUGAUCUGUCUUGUGGCAUUUUCAAUCUAUUGCAAUCCAUUGGAAAAAUUAUAUUACUAAGCAAAUUUCUUGGUCACCUAAGUAUCUGCUUGCGAAGACACCACUUGGCAAGACAAUACAUCAACCAAUUAAUGAAUAUACAAGAGCCCUCCAGAAGAUACAGAGGUGAAGGAAGUGAGAGGCUAGGGACUCUCUUGUUGAAAAUAUUGAUUAAUACAGCAGAACCACUGAUAAUUCAGGUGGAGCCUGAACACCAAAUUCCACUUGCUAAAUUGAAAAGUUCACAUGUGGCAAAGAUGAGAUAGAAACUUGGCCAUCUUUCUCCACUGUGGCAGAACCAUUGAUUGCUGGGUUUGAGGAACCUGAACAACAAACUCCACCUGAUAAGGUGAAAGAAUUAGAUGUGAACUGCUGAUGGUUUGUUUGGCACCUUAGCAAGAUGGGGGAAAUCCCCAAAAGGGGAUUUUCACAGCAAUGCCAUAGAAGCACCAUUUUUAGUUACUAAAAAACCUUUCAGUGAAUAAAACCACUCUUAAUUAGUGUGAAGAAAGCAGUCACUAAGGAGGUCACAAGAAUGAUUAAUGACUGACCUUUUGACCUUUCCCCUCCCCCACGUGGCCCACCCACGUCGCGUUGACCCUGUGACCUGUUAAUGAUAUCCAAAUGUGGAAAUCGGCAUAUGUGGAAUUCCGACGUUGGCCUAUGACCUCUGGGGGAAGAAAUAUGUUGUUUGUACAAUUGUUUGUACAUGACGGACCGGUGACAGGAGAUAAAUGAAGAUCUGAGGAAUGUUUUUGAACAUUUUAUGGUCCGUUCCCACAUCAGAGGGGUUUGCCCAUCUGCGGACCACUUGUCCGGCUGCAUUUUUGGUCACUCUCUUUCUUUCUCUCUCUCUCUCUCUCUCUCUCUCUGUAUGGGAGAUGUGAGGGAAAAAAGAAGGAUGAACAAUAACAGAAUAAAUACACAAUUUUAACAGAUCAUGAGAACAUAUCACAAUAUGUGUGUGAGCGCCCACACAUAUAAUCUGAUGGUUGAAUAAAAAUAAUUUAAAUAAAAUAUGUAAUAUGACUAAUAAUGAAACGGGAAUAAAACAAUAAAUAAAGAAAUGGA